AUGUUUUCUUCUGCAAGAAAUCUCCAAAAACACUCUCUCAGAUCCCUCUCGUCUCUUCUCAACACCACGUCCAAGGGUGUAAUGCUUGCCAGAAAUGUUGGUCCGGUGAAAUUUUUACCUAGUUCUAGCAAUGUGGCUCGGUCGAAUUUUGUAUUUCGGACAAAAGAUGGGAAUUUGUUUCAUUCAGCAAAAUUGUGGAAUCAGUUUGACGGGGCUCGGGGGUUUUCGGCAAAGAGCAUGAGGAGCAAAGUGGAGAUGCGGAUGCGAAAGGAGUCGGGCAAAACCCUGAGGGAGAUUCGGAGGGCUAAGAAGUUGAGAAAGAAGUUGAUGACCGAUGAGGAACGCCUCAUUUACAAUCUAAGAAGAGCCAAGAAAAAAGUGGCAUUACUUCUACAGAAGUUGAAAAAAUACGAGCUACCAGAACUUCCAUCUCCGCGGCAUGACCCUGAACUUUUUACUCCCGAGCAGUUACAGGCAUAUAAGAAGAUUGGCUUCAGAAACAAAAAUUACGUUCCUGUUGGAGUCCGUGGAGUCUUUGGAGGCGUUGUUCAAAAUAUGCAUCUUCACUGGAAGUUCCACGAGACAGUGCAAGUUUGUUGUGAUAACUUCCCCAAGGAAAAAAUUAAGGAGAUGGCGAGCAUGCUGGCAAGAUUGAGUGGUGGCAUUGUGGUCAACAUACAUAAUGUGAAAACUAUUAUCAUGUUCCGAGGCAGAAAUUAUCGGCAACCAAAGAAUUUGAUACCUAUCAACACCCUUACAAAAAGGAAGGCAUUAUUUAAAGCACGAUUUGAACAAGCACUUGAAUCUCAGAAACUAAACAUUAAGAAAAUAGAACAAGAGCUUAGGCGGAAAGGAGUAAAUCCUGAUGAUCCAGUUGCCAUGGCAAGCAUCCAGAGAGUGGCAUCUACAUUCUUUAACGCAAUUGACAAGAGAGGAGGAAGUCCUUAUGUUUAUCAGGACGACAAAAAUACACGAGUGGAACCUGAUGGUCUUGCUCAACAACAGCCUGCAGAAGAUGACAGUGACCAGGAGGAGCUUGACCGCUUCAUUGCUGAGAUCGAAGAUGCAGCUGAUAAAGAAUGGGCCGCCGAGGAAGAAGCGGAGAAAGAAAACCUUGGACGAAUCCGAUAUUGGAACAAGGAAGAUUUAGGUGGUAGAUUUAGAAGAUCUGAAGUUAAUGGAAGUGAAGAUUCGGAUGAUGAGAACAGAGGAGCAAGGAACCGAAAUCAGAUGCAUAGUAGGAAGAAAAUCAUUGAUAGUGAUGGUGAAGAUGAAGAUGCUUCUGAGCCCGAUGAUGAAUGGGAUUCUGAUGAUACUGGAAAUGUGAAUCACGGGAGUAAUGCUGAUGACUCUGAGGAAGCUUUUGACAAAUUUGCUGUGAGUAAAGGAGAGAGAUGGCAGCAUAAUAAGACUGGCAGAACCAGAACCAACUUUAAGAGAAAUGAAGUUGAGUCGAACAGUAGAUUCUCUAAACAGGAUUCCAUUGCAGAAGAUACGCUAAGUGACCUGGAAGAUGUCUUGUGGGAGUCAGAUGAUGGAGUAAGACACAGCCAAAGAGAUUCCAGAGGCCAGAGUAAUCAUUACAGGAGCAGUAGUGAUGAGAGAGACUAUGAUCAGGUAAAGAGAGAUACAGGAAGGAACACGAAGAGAGGUUUGAACAGACGUACUGGUGCGAUGGUAGACGACGAUUCCUUUUCUGAGGACUCGUUUAGCGAGUGCUGGAAGAUGCAGUCUUUGUUUGUAUUGUACUUGCCUUUUGUGGCAAAUUCUUUUUGCAUUCAAGAACGAUUAGAUAUUGUUUCUUUGAAGAGACUUUAUGAUGCCACUGUUUCCCUCAUACAUCGUGAUGGUAGCUAUGGAAUGUAUCAUUAG